AUGGAUCAACAACAAUAUCCACAACCACCGCCGCCUCAACAGGUUCAAGGGCAACAGGAGGCUCAGCAGGAGAUCCUAGAGCCGUAUGUUUCAGAAGACAAGAGAUGCAUGUCGAACUCGUGGAAUCAGCCACCAGGGCCAACAACUGGAGAGCUCUGCCCAAAGUACGCGUGCUAUGGAUGCUGCAAUGAAAAGGAAGCUCUGAAGCAUUUUGCAUCUGGAGAUGCUUAUGGGCAUUACGGACCGUAUCAGUUUUCUGGAUGCUCAAGUACUGGACAGGUCGACAGAACCAACUCCGGAGGACUCAGUGAACAGUGCCAUACAUUCAUCCAAAACAACCACUGUCUUUCAGCCUGUAGCCCCAACGUUUAUCUUUGGUUUGCAUCGACAGGAAACUCGCGCCACGAUGACCAUCUUCAUGGGAUGAAGGCUUGCACGAAUUUUUGCAGCGACUUUUACAAUUCUUGCAAGAAUGAAUACAUUUGCUACAACAAAGAAGGCCUUUCGGAGUAUUUCAUGGACUUUUUGGCCGGAAAUCUUUCUGAAGAAAAGGACUACAAGAUCUUCCACUGCGAAGGGAACUACGAGUGCCAGAAGAUUCAAGAUAGCUUGAUUGCCAAGCCACUAGAUCUGUCGCGGAUGAAAUUGAAAAUUUUUGCUCAAAGUUUUCAUUUGGAAUGUUUGAAAUGCAAAAAGAAUCAGAUCAUGUUUGCAUCGAUCCCAGGGGAAAGUUCCAUCAUUAACGCUGUCAAAGCAAGGGAAGAAGUUUACAACGGGGCUUAUCCAGCCGAUAAAAGAUCAUUCCCUGUAACUCAAGAUUGUCCCACAGGACUCUCAAAAGGAGCAAUAAUUGGUAUUUCUGUUGCCGUCACUGCUGGUGUUCUCCUUAUUGCCAUUUUGAUACGCUUCAAGCAGGGCUUUUACUACGACGAAAAGCAGAAGCAGGGCUUCUACUACCAGAACGGAUUCUACUACGAUGGUUUUUACUAUGACAACGGCAACCACGGCAAACCUGCUGAUGGUUUCUACUACGACAACGGAUUCUACUAUGAUGGCUUUUACUACGACCAAAAGCAACAACAGCAGGGAUUCUACUACGAUGGAUUCUAUUACGACCAGCAGGACAAGUUCAACAAGGACAACAAGGACUACUGGUACAAGGGUGAAGGCAAGGAGCGCAUGCUCGAAGCCAUCAACGGCAUCAGAACCAUGGUCGACCACUACGUCUUCCAGAACCAAGAAAUCGUCCCUGGCAAGAAGGCCGGUGACGCUAUCAACUCCAUCGUCGCCACUGAAGUUUGCCGACAAGUGAUCAAGCACUUCACCAAGAACGUCAACCCCGACGAGUUCUUCGAAAACGGCGGCGACGAGGAAGGCCUUGCCGUUUUGAUCGCCAACGAAGCCCAGCGAAACCUUUCUCCUGCUGUUGACUUCACCAAGGAAUGGAGAGCGAAGGGAUCUGAGGCUGAGGAAAUCAUGACUGAGGUCACCAAGGAGCUCGUGCCCUUCUGCGUCGUCUGGAAAUCCAAGCAGGAAUUCACCUCUCCCAACGACGCUCAAGAGAACGCCCUUCAAACCCUCGUCGCCAAGCGUGCCGUCGCCGAGGCCAAGUACGCCUUCGCCAACCAGACCGCUCCCGACAUUUCCCCCAACGAGGCCGAAGCCGUUGCACAGUCCAAGAAAAUCGCCGACGUCCUCGCUAAGAAGGCCAUCGACGAAAUUGGUGCUUAG